GCUGAAUGGAGGCAGCCUCUUCCUGGUGGAUAAACAGUGACAGCUACAGGGCAGCCACCUAGACCCACCACUCAGCUCUGCCGCUGCCCUGGCAAACAACACCAAAAUGGCUUCAGACAGUACACACAUCGCGCAGUUGACUUCUGAACUGUACUUCCUAAUAGCCCGGUUUCUACAAGCUGGACCGUGUCAGAAAGCAGCCGAGACCCUGAUAAAGGAGGUGGAGGAGAAGGAGCUGCUGCCCAGAAGGCUGGACUGGACGGGACAGGAACACCCCGGGACCUACGAAAAUUUGGUGAAGCUCUACAGGCACAUCGCCCCGGACCACCUGCUGCAGGUCUGCACCAGAAUAUGCCCACUGCUGGAGACGGAGGUCCCCGCCAGCGUGCCGGGACUCACCAGCCUGCUGGGGGCCGGCAGGCAGAAUCUGCUCCGCACUGCCAAGAGCUGCAAGCAUGUUGUGUGGAAGGGCUCAGCGUUGGCUGCGCUGCAUUGUGGACGACCACCAGAGCCGCCUAUUAUUUAUGGAAGCCCUCCCAAUAUUGUGGAGACCAGCUUCGGCCGCCGGCUGAACGGCUCCUACCGCCUGCGCCACCUCCUGCCCACGGCCGUCUACCAGCACAUGAAGAUGCACAAGAGGAUCCUGGGACACCUGUCGUCGGUGUACUGCGUGACCUUCGACAGGACGGGGCGGCGCAUCUUCACCGGCUCGGACGACUGCCUGGUGAAGAUCUGGGGGACGGAUGACGGCCGUCUGCUCGCCACCCUGCGCGGCCACGCCGCCGAGAUAUCCGACAUGGCCGUCAGCUACGAGAACACCAUGAUCGCCGCCGGCUCCUGUGACAAGACCAUCCGAGUGUGGUGCUUACAGACCUGCGCCCCGCUGGCCGUGCUGGAGGGACACGCAGCCUCCAUCACCUCACUGCAGUUCUCUCCUCUGUGCAGCGGCUCCAAGCGCUACCUGUCCUCCACCGGAGCCGACGGCACCAUCUGCUUCUGGCAGUGGGACGCACACACGCUCAAGUUCGGUCAGAGGCCCAGUAAAUUCACGGAGCGCUCCAGACCCGGUGUGCAGAUGAUCUGCUCCUCCUUCAGCGCAGGCGGGAUGUUCCUGGCCACAGGCAGCACCGAUCACAUCAUCCGGGUUUACUACUUCGGUUCAGGUCAACCGGAGAAGAUCUCUGAGCUGGAGUCACAUACAGACAAAGUUGACAGCAUCCAAUUUUCACAUUGCAGUGACAGGUUUGUGAGCGGCAGCAGAGACGGGACGGCUCGGAUCUGGCAGCUGCAGCCUCAGGGCUGGAGGAGCAUCCUGCUGGACAUGCAGACCAAAUUACCCGGGAAGUACAACCCUCCUCCCCUGGAGGACAAGGUGACCAAGCUGAAGGUUACCAUGGUGGCGUGGGAUCGCCACGACGGCACGGUGAUCACUGCCGCCAACAACCUGACGCUGAAGGUGUGGAACUCCACCACCGGGAACCUGGUUCACGUCCUGAUGGGUCACGAGGACGAGGUGUUCGUCCUGGAGCCGCAUCCUUUUGAUCCCAGGAUCCUUUUCUCCGCUGGCCACGAUGGGAACUGCAUUGUGUGGGACCUCGCCAGAGGUGUCAAGAUCCGCUCCUACUUCAACAUGAUCGAGGGCCAAGGGCACGGAGCGUUGUUCGACUGCAAAUGUAGUCCAGAUGGGCAGCACUUUGCAGCCACCGACUCCCACGGUCACCUGCUCAUCUUCGGCUUCGGCUCCAGCAGCAAGUACGACAAGAUAGCCGACCAGAUGUUUUUCCACACCGACUACCGACCCCUCAUCCGCGACGCCAACAAUUACGUGCUGGACGAGCAGACGCAGCAGGCGCCGCACCUCAUGCCCCCUCCCUUCCUGGUGGACGUGGACGGGAACCCGCACCCGCCCCGGUACCAGCGGCUGGUGCCCGGCAGGGAGGGCUGCAGGGACGAGCAGCUCAUCCCCCAGAUGGGGGUCACCUCCUCGGGCCUCAACCAAGUGGUGAGCGAACAGGUGGUGGACGGCCCCAGUCCUCUGGACACCAUGAUCCAGAGGCUGCAGCAGGAGCAGGACCAAAGACUGGGGGGCAGCGACGCCAGAGCCAGCAGAGGGUCGGUCGGCUCGCCCACGGAGGUCCACUCGCCGCCCAACGUGGGCCUGCGGCGCAGCGGGCAGAUCGAAGGCGUCCGGCAGAUGCACAGCAACGCCCCCCGCAGCCAGAUGGCCACGGAGGGAGACCUGGUGGCCUGGAGCCGCAGGGUGCUGGUCCCGGAGCUGGAGCACGCCACGGUCAGGAGACAGGUGAACUGGCGAGAGGCUAAGGGGGACGAGGAGAUCAAUAUUUAUCAGUCAGAACGGAGGAGACGCACAAUCCACUCCCUCCCCAAGGAGAGUCGGGUUCACCCGACGUCCGAGUGUGUGUCGGACGAGGCGAGGAAGAGCCAGGGGAACCACGGCUAUCAGACCCGCGCCGCCAUGGAGGAGACGAGCCGGCAGAGCGCCGAGGCUGCCGACGAAGACGAUAGCACCUCAGAGGGAGAAGUGGAGGUUCGCCAGAUCAACGGACACUCCUCAGAGGAGGAGAAGGAGGAGGAGGAGAAGGAGCCCUGGCCAGACGACCACAGCAGUUCAAGCGAUUACUCCAGCGACUACUCCGACUGGACGGCGGACGCCGGGAUCAACCUGGAGCCGCCCAAGAAGAGCGUCAAAGUGAAGAAGAAAAGCAGCGGCUCCGAGGAGGACGGAGAGAAGAAGAGGGAGGGCAAGAAGGAGAGGAAGAAAGAAAAGGUCGACAAAGACGGGGCGUUACCAAAGAAGAAGCAGCCAAAGGAGAAGAGAAAGCGGACGGAGCUCCAGGAGCAGGGACUGACUCUGGAGGAAUGGCUUCCCUCCGCCUGGAUCACAGACACGGUCCCCCGGAGAUGCCCUUACAUCCCCCAGAUGGGAGACGAGGUGUACUACUUCAGGCAGGGCCAUGAAGCCUACGUGGAGAUGGCCAAACAGAAGAAGAUUUACAGCAUCAAUCCUAAGAAGCAGCCCUGGCACAAGAUGGAGCUGCGGGAGCAGGAGUUGAUGAAGAUCGUAGGGAUCAAGUACGAGGUGGGUUUGCCCACGCUGUGCUGCCUCAAGCUCUCGUUCCUGGACCCCGACACUGGCAAGCUGACCGGAGGAUCCUUCUCUAUGAAGUACCACGACAUGCCGGAUGUGAUCGACUUCCUGGUGCUGCGGCAGCAGUUUGAUAACGCCAGAAAGAGGCAGUGGGCGAUAGGUGACAGGUUUCGCUCCGUGAUUGACGACGCCUGGUGGUUCGGGACGAUCGAGAGCCAAGAGCCGUACCAGUCCCAGUAUUCAGACAGCUUGUUCCAGUGCUACAAUGUCUGCUGGGACAACGGGGACACAGAGAAGAUGAGUCCCUGGGAUAUGGAGCCCAUCCCUGAUGACGCCACCUUCCCCGAGGAGCUGGGCAUGAGCGUCCCGCUGACGGAGGACGAGCAGAAGGACCUGCUGUACGUCCCGCUGGACGGGGAGUGGGGGAACGCCGCGCGCGCCGACGAGUGCGAGCGCAUCAUCAAGGCCAUCGACCAGCUCUGCACGCUCGAUGUCGCUGCACCCUUUGCCUUCCCAGUGGACCUUCAGGCCUACCCCACGUACUGCACGGUGGUGGCCUACGUCACGGACAUCAGCACCAUCCGCCAGAGGCUGGUCAACCGCUUCUACAGGCGGCUGUCCUCCCUCAUGUGGGAGGUCCGGUACAUCGAACACAACGCGCAGACCUUCAACGAGCCGGGGGCGUUCAUCGUCACCACCGCCAAGUUCGUCUCGGACCUCAUGCUGCAGUUCAUUAAGGACCAAAGUCUGACAGACAUCAUGCCGCUCUACAAAACCAUGAAGAAGGCCACUUUCUCCGACUCUGAGGACGAGGAUGACGAGGACGAGGAUGAAGACACAAACACUCCCGGAACAUCCACACGAAACCAUAAGGGCCGUCGACCCAUCCAGCGCCAGCUGCGAACCCGCCCCCCCUCGUACGACCCCAACGCCUGGAGAGGCCGCUGCAAGGAGCUGCUGGACCUCAUCUUUCAGUGCGAGGACUCCGAGCCCUUCAGAGAGCCCGUGGAUCUCCAGGAGUACUCGGACUACCUGCAGAUCGUCGACUCGCCGAUGGACUUCGGCACCGUCCUGAAAACGCUGACGGAGGGGAAGUACAAGUCUCCCAUCGAGCUCUGCAAAGACGUCCGGCUCAUUUUCAGCAACUCCAAAGCUUACACGCCGAGCAAGAAGUCUCGGAUAUACAGCAUGAGUCUGAGGCUCUCGGCGCUGUUCGAGGAGCACGUCAGCUCCAUCCUGGCCGACUACAAAGCCAUCCACGGCCUGACGGACCGACUGACGCGGCAGGGCACGGACAGACAGACCAGACACACUACGGACAGGCAGACGCGGCACGCCAUGAAGAGGAGGAGGAGGAAGAGCGAGUCCCCCGCCAGCAGCACGGCGUCCAGCCCGGAGAGGAAGAGACGCGUGUCGUCCCGGGUGACGGGGAAGAGGGAGCCCUCGCCGGCCCCCUCCCGGCCCCCGUCGCUCAGACAGACCGCCCCGCCGAAGCAGCCCCCGCAGCUGGUGAACGGGAAGGCGGACAGCCUGGCUCUGGGACGCACGCGGAGCGGCGCGCGCCACUCGGCGCACUCGCCGCCGUCUUCAUCCGCCUCGCAUCACGUCGCCAACAACGCAGUGAGCACAGCGGAGUCGACUCGCUCGUCUCGGGCUCACAACUCGGUGUCGGCUUCCACACCGGCAGCCUCUGAAAAGGCGGCUCCGCCCCCGCCCUCAGAGAGCAGCGGCGGGAGCACUCGGCGGAAACUCAGGACGCCAGUCCGACUCACUCCUGGGUCUCCGGUCAGACCCUCGUCGCAGAACGCCGUCCACCUGAACGGCCACGGCAGCCACGUCACCCUCGGCGUUGGGAGGCGGAGCCGCAAGUCCCGGACGGAUUUACCGCAGAGUCCCCCGGAGGCCCCGCCGCCGUCCAGCCCCUCCAGACCCCGAGGCCGCCCGCCGGGGAAGAAGAGGGGCCGGAAGAGCAAGCAGGAGCUGGAGGAGCUGAGGCGGAGGAGGAGCUCCACCCCCGAGGACGACGACGUCGACCAGUCCACCGGCGACGAGGGCGCCUCGUCCUCGGCGCAGGAGACCGCCGCGCUGUCGGACUCCACGCCCAGGCGGCGCGGGAGGCCUCGAGCGGUCAGGACUGAGGAGCCGCCGCCGCCGCCGCCUCCGGCCGAGUCGCCGGAGCCCUCCCCCCUGAGAAGGAGCAGCAGGAGAGCCAACGAGGAGGCCACGCCCCCGCCGCAGACCGCGCCUCCUCACCGGUCCGGCCAGAAGGAGGAGUCGCCGGCGGGCGACGAGGCGGCGGCGGCCAUGCGCACGCGGAACCAGGGCCGGCGCUCGGCCUGGUACAUGGAGGAGGACUCGGAGGAGGAGCAGAGGCAGCUGCUGUUCGAGGACUCGUCCAUCACGUUCGGCACCUCCUCCAAGGGGCGCGUCCGCAAACUGACAGAGAAGGCCAAAGCCAACCUGAUCGGCUGGUGACUGCCGGCGAGCUCCGAGCCGCUCUGAACGCCUCCGGGAGCCUCGGCGCCGGGCCGCCCACAGCCUGAGCCUCGGCGCCGCCUCCUCCACUUUAUUGAUCCAUGUUGGAUCCGGCGGGAGCGCAGGGAGUCGCCCGAACCGCUCUCAACCCCGGCCUCCGGCGAGGCGCGGCGUCAGAUUGGACAAAAAAAAAAAACAAAAAAACAAACAAACCAACAAAACAAAACAAAAAAAAAAACAUUAAACUGAGCAGAAUUUUUAGUACUUGAAGAAAUCACGAAGCGACCGGAUGUACCUGGCUUCGCUCUGGCUGUGUUUGAGCGCCCCGGCAGCGCCUCUGCUGGGCGCGCUCACGGUGCCUGCAGAGCCGGAGCCGUGGGGUCAGUGCCGGACGACCAAACCGACGCCCUCUGCCCCCCCCCCCCCCCCCCCCCCCCCCAUCGUCAUCGUCCCCCCCUCCCCCGCUCUUUUUUUAUACGACCCGCUCUCUGCUUUUCUAAGAUUUGUACGUGGCGAUCGGCUCUGCGUUUUGGAAGUCUUACACAUCGGCUGACCCGAGCGUGUCCGUCUGCGCUAAAAUACCAAAUGGUGUACCUCUGCGGGUACGGUAGAUCUGUAGGUUUUGUUUACUAUCGACGUGCGUGGCUGUUUUAUUCUUUUUUGCAUGUAAAUUGGAUUUUUUUUGUUUUUUUCCCCCCACCUGAAGCUGUUUUUACUGUGAGGAAGAGGGGGGGGGAGAAAAACGGAUGCGUGGGUGAAAGGUCAUGAGUCUCCACACAGAUCGUGUCUCGAUGCGUCCUCAACAUUAGCAAUACCUUGUGCCUUUCUGUCUUCGGUGUGUGUGCGCAUGUGUGUGUCUGUGUGUGCGUGUGUGUGCAUGAGUGCUUGGCCUCCGCCAUGCAAAGUACACGUGCCUGUUGGUGGACAAACUCCCGUUGCGACUGUGUAAAUCUGAAAGUGUGUGUGUUUGUGUGUGUGUGCGCGUGUGUUUUUUUUCUAACACAACCGAGCGUGUCGUUCUCUUUCAGCGUGCAAACGGUGGCAGACAGUCUGACCCUCGCGGAACCUCCAGAGAAAUGUAUUUAUAGCAGCUGAAAGAGAGUUUCCUGUCGUCGUCAUCAUCCGUGUCGAUAUUAUAUGAUCGUAUAACCUGAAUCACCCGUUCAUACCGACGGUACGGAGGGCGGCGAGCAUAGCAAUGCACUUACCACACACACUCACGCACACGCACACACACACACGGUUCAGUCCUGCAUGUUCUCGCACUUCCUCAUGCCUCAAGCCAACCGAACGGCCUGCGAUCAAACCGCAGGACUGAAUGACUGAUCACGGAAAGCCACCCAGGAAGAGAGGAACUGGUCUCCCGCUCGUCUUUCUGACUGUGUGCCUUCGCUACUCUCAGCAUGUUGAACUCCGUCACUCAUUCUGAGGCCUUUUUUUUUUUUAAAUUUCCGUCACUGGUUCUUCUCUUCAGCUUUCCUGGAGCCAACAGACUCGACGGGGGGAAACAGACUGAACUGGGUUUUUUUUUAAAAGUCGGUGAUUUCAUUUCUUUUUGUUUUUUUUAAUUCUGCAGCACAGAGCAAAGUGAAAGCCAAAAUCUGAACGUUGGUGAGAACUGGACGGUAGCAUCGACACACACACACACACACACACACACACACACACACACACACACACACACACACACACACACACACACUCUCUUCUCAUUUCACAUAUUACUAAACAUAUAUCUCUCGUCUGUUCGUCAUUUCUUUGUGUUUUGUGAACGCCAAAAUUCUGUCUGGGGGCACUGAAGUUUUCCAACACGGCUCAUGAAUGUUUCUUUUUUUUUCUCUCUCUC